CGCGGCUCAGCGGCACAGCAUGUGCGUGGGGUCGGCCGGGGAAGAUGUAUGUGGGUUAUCUUGUGGAUAAGGACACCAACAUGUAUCCCAGCCCGGUCCGGCAUCCCAGCCUCAACCUCAACCCCCAGAAUUACGUGCCGGGGCCGCCCCAGUACUCGGACUUCGCCAGCUACCACCAUGUGCCGGGGAUUAACAACGACCUGCACCACGGGCAGCCGGCGGCCGCCUGGGGGUCUCCCUACACCCCUGCCAAGGAGGACUGGCAUUCCUACGGGACCACGGCGACGCCUUCCACUGCCAGCCCAGGGCAGUUUGGAUUCAGCCCCCCAGAUUUUAACCCCAUCCAGCCCCCAGGCUCUGGACUCCUGCCUCCACCCAUUAGCAGCUCUGUCCCCCAGCUCUCUCCUAAUGCCCAGAGACGCACCCCGUAUGAGUGGAUGAGGCGCAGCAUUCCCAGCACCAGCAACAAUGGCAAGACCAGGACAAAAGACAAGUACCGGGUGGUGUACACGGACCACCAGCGCCUGGAGCUGGAGAAGGAGUUUCACUACAGCCGCUACAUCACCAUCCGCCGCAAGGCCGAGCUGGCCGCUGCCCUGGGGCUGACUGAGAGGCGGCAGGUGAAAAUCUGGUUUCAGAAUCGGAGGGCAAAGGAGAGGAAGGUGAACAAGAAGAAGCUGCAGCAGCAAAGCCAGCCCACCAGCACCACCACGCCGACCCCGCCGGCCGUCAGCACGCUCGGACCCAUCGGGGGCCUCUGCAACAGCAGUGCCCCCAACCUCGUCUCCUCAUCUCCGCUGACGAUCAAGGAAGAAUUCAUGCCUUAACCCCCUUCACCAGCUACAGACACCAAGAGAUAAGCACUA